AUGUCUGAUAUUGCAGAGGAUACUCCAGCUGCUCAAUUGGAACCUUCAGUUUCCAAUUCCAAUUCCAAUCUAUCUGCUCCUUCAUUUAAAAAUGAUAAAGAUGAUUUAAAUGAAUUUGAAACUCAUCAAGAACCUGCCAUUGAAAUUCCAAAGAAACCCGCUUCCGCUUACAUUACCAUUUCCAUUUUCUGUACUAUGAUUGGGUUUGGUGGUUUCAUUUGUGGUUGGGAUACCGGUACCAUUGGUGGUUUCUUAGCUCAUCCAGAUUAUUUACGUAGAUUCGGUUCUAAACAUCAUGAUGGUACGUACUAUUUUUCAAAUGUUAGAACUGGGUUAGUCGUUUCCAUUUUCAAUAUUGGUGGGUUAAUUGGUUGUCUUACUUUAGGUGAUUUAGCUAAUAGAAUUGGUCGUAAGAUGGCUUUAGUUGCUGUCGUUAUUAUUUUCAUGGUUGGUUUAGUUAUUCAAAUUGCAUCUAUUGAUAAAUGGUAUCAAUAUUUUAUUGGUAGAAUUAUCUCAGGUAUGGGUGUUGGUGCUAUCUCUAUCUUUUCACCAAUGUUAUUAUCUGAAGUGGCUCCAAAACAUUUAAGAGGUACUUUGGGUUCCAUGUAUCAAUUAAUGGUUACCUUUGGUAUUUUCUUAGGUGAUUGUACUAAUUAUGGUACUAAAGCUUAUGAUAAUUCUGUUCAAUGGAGAGUACCAUUGGGGUUAUCAUUUGCUUGGUGUUUGUUUAUGAUUGCUGCCAUGUUCUUUGUUCCAGAAUCCCCACGUUAUUUAAUUGAAGUUGGUAAGAUUGAAGAAGCUAAACAAUCAAUUGCUACUUCUAACAAGGUUUCCAUUGAUGAUCCAGCUGUUCAAGGUGAAGCUGAUUUAAUUCAAGCAGGUAUUGAAGCUGAAAGAGCUGCUGGUAAUGCUUCAUGGGGUGAAUUAUUCUCUACUAAGGGUAAAGUUGUUCAAAGAUUAUUUAUGUGUUGUAUGCUUCAAUCUUUACAACAAUUAACUGGUUGUAAUUAUUUCUUCUAUUAUGGUACUAUUGUUUUCCAAGCUGUUGGUCUAAGUGAUUCUUAUGAGACCUCUAUUGUUUUCGGUAUUGUCAAUUUUGCUUCCACUUUCGUUGCCUUUUACGUCGUUGAUAGAUUUGGUCGUCGUAGAUGUCUAAUGUGGGGUGCUGCUGCUAUGGUUGCUUGUUACGUUGUCUAUGCCUCCGUCGGAGUCACACGUUUACAUCCUCAUGGUAAUGAUGGUCCAACUUCUAAAGGUGCUGGUAAUUGUAUGAUUGUUUUCUCAUGUUUCUUUAUUUUCUGUUUUGCAUGUACUUGGGCUCCAAUUUGCUGGGUUGUUGUUUCUGAAACUUUCCCAUUGAAGAUUAAGCCAAAGGGUAUGGCUAUUGCAAAUGGUUUCAAUUGGUUCUGGAAUUUCUUGAUUUCAUUCUUUACUCCCUUUAUUACAGGAGCUAUUAAUUUCUAUUACGGUUAUGUCUUUAUGGGCUGUAUGGUCUUUGCUUACUGUUACGUUUUUUUCUUUGUUCCUGAAACUAAAGGUUUAACUUUAGAAGAAGUUAACGAAAUGUGGGAAGAAGGUAUUUUGCCAUGGAAGUCUCCAGAAUGGCUUCCAGCUUCUAAGAGAGAUGCCAGUGUUGACAUGGAUGCUUUACAACAUGAUGACAAGCCAAUGUACAAGAGAAUGUUCAGUAAGAACUAA